GUCCCAUCUAACUCUGCAAUUCUAUGGUCCCAGAGGGACCCUUCCCAGCUAAGAGCCGGGCCCAGGCCUUGGCUGAUGCCCAGUUUUGUGACAAGAAUUCGUCACCUGGGACCCUUUAUCUCACCAGACAGACCUGCCCAACAUCUGCGCAGGGCAGAUCUUCGCCUCCCGGGCGCUGGAUGCCUCCCUCAGAUAAGGCUGGAGGCGCUUCGCUCGGCAGCCUGUGCAUGACUCUCCUGGCUCAGCAAAAUGCCUGGCAACCGACUUUGGAUGGUGCCCACAGUGGCCAUUGGCCUCCUCCUCUGCCUGGCCUUUGGAACUGGCCAGAGCCCGCCCGCCUGCACAGGGGCCUACGACUGCCCCAAGGCCCACCAGGAAGUCUACACCAAACUAAGGGACGUGACGGAGAUCCCAAAGACCGCCAGCACCAUCAUCACCGAAAUGAUCUUUGUGCAAACCAGCCUAACACAGAUCAAGAGUGGAGCCUUCCGGAACAUGCCCGGCCUGCAGAAAGUCCUGUUCAUUGGCAACAAGAUCAAAACCGUAGAGGUGGGGGCCUUUGAUAACUUGGCGAAACUGGAUGAGCUGGAAAUCACGCAGGCUGAGCUGGACGCCCUCCCUGUGGGCACCUUCCGCUCUCUUCCUCGCUUGCAGAAGCUGAAUCUGCGGGACUCUCAGAUCAAGGGCCUCCAGAAAGGACUCUUUGAGGAUCUCGGGGACCUGGAGGAGAUCUACCUGCAUAUGAACGAGAUCCCUUCUCUCCCCGAAGGCGUCUUUGAUGGGCUCUCCAACCUGACCUUUUUGCACCUGGCCAAGAAUAAGAUCGCUGCCAUCCCAGAGGACGUCUUCAAGGAACUUUCUCGGUUGAAGGUCCUCCGGCUGUACGAGAACGAGAUUGGAGACCUCCCGGAGGGGAGCCUGGACAGCCAGCAGGACCUGACGGAGCUCGCCCUCCAGAAGAACAAGAUCCGCACGCUGCCUCCCAGGGUGCUGAGGAACAAGCCCAACCUGGAGAAGCUUUUCCUGGAGCACAACCUCUUGGAGACCCUCCCGGAUGAGGCCUUCUUUGGACUGAGGAAGCUGAAGCAGCUGACCCUGGCUUCCAACCGGCUGAAAGGUCUCCCCGGCCAGCUCUUUGGGCAGAUGCCUUUGCUCACCCAGCUGGACCUGAGCAAGAAUGCUUUGCAGGCUCUUCCAGCGGGGGUCUUUGCCAACCUCACGGGGCUCACAAAGCUCACCUUGUCCCACAACCAGCUGGCAGGCCUCCCUCUCGGUGUUUUAACAGGCCUCCGCAAACUCUCUGAGCUCAACGUGGAGGCAAACAAGCUCUCGUCUCUGGAGGGUCUCCUGCCACCUUCCCUCCCGGGGCUGAAGACCCUGAGGCUCCGCCAGAACCAGCUGGAGACCAUCCCUCCGGGCCUCUUUGACAGCUUCACCAAGCUCACCUCCCUGUAUGUCGGGGAGAAUCCGUGGAGGUGUGACUGCCUCCUUCUCUACCUCCACCGAUGGAUGAGCAGCAAUCCCAAAAAAGUGAAGGACGCCACAAAGGUCAUAUGCGGAAGCCCCAAGGAUCUGCAGGGCAAAGCAGUCAGUUCCUUGGCAGAAGAUCAGCUGGUUUGCCCAACGACUCUGCCCAUUUCAAGCACCGCUCUGCCCACAACCACUUUCCCUCCUCCUGCCACAACAAGGAUGAGCACAACACUGCCCCCAUCUCCUAAAAAAGCCACUGUUGCUGCAACCACCUCCGUUUCUGAGCCUGCCACCACCACAAACGCAGCCACAACCCUCAGAACCACAGAGGCUCUGACCUCAACUCCUCAAAUCACCACCUCUGAGAGUCUCACUGAAACCUCACAGACCAUGACCACCAGCGGGACAUCCUCUGAAACCACCAGCAUCACCAGCACAGGGGCUCCAACUCCAGCUCCUCCCAUCUCCACCAUCACCACUCCAAGUCCCACCUCAGCCGAGACAAGCCCUGAAAUUGCCACCACCGCUGAGAUCUCAAGCACAACCUCUGUGUCCAUCACAACCCUGGCCACAACCCCCGAGGCAGCCACGACCAUCGCUCACCUGCCACCCACAACCCCUCAGAUCACGACGACAACAAAGGUUCAGACCACGGCCCCUGAAAUUACCAGCGCCAGGACUGCGGCUGCCACAGCUGGCUUCACAACUGGGAUGUCACACACCACCCCUUCUGGUACCACCACAACUGCUCAGAUCUCCACAACCAUUGCCAGGGCAACCACCACAACUUCUGAUGCCUCCACAAGCUGCCCUGGUACAUCGGCCACCACACCUGUGCUCCCUGGGACAACCAGCAAGGCAGUCGCCACCACACCUUCACCGCUUGAGACCACCCCUACGGAGACAUUCUCAUUGGUGGCAGCUUCCACAAUGUGCCUUGACAACGUCAGUCUUCCAGGUGGAUGCAGGUCUGGGUCUUUGUCUCCCAAACCAACAGCCAGACUGGACCCGACUACACGUCCUGAGACGCCCCCGUCGCCCACCUCUGCUGUGACACAGGCUCCCCUGCCCACCACUGGCUGGGUGACAACCUCUCCAGCUGCUGCCAGCUGCACCUUUUGCUCCUCGGCUGUCACGCCAGCCAGGCCUUCCCUUCCUCCGAGCCCAAGGCCCGGCCGUCCAGCCAGCCCCCCUCAGCCCCUGUCCCAGAAAAUCCAGGCCUGGGGCUCUUCGCUGAGUUCCAACUACCGGUACUGCAAGCUGUCUGCGAUGAUGUAUUUGUCCAUGCUGUGUCUUGAAAUCUGCUGCACCGCUGCCUUGGCCAGGUGUGUCUACGCCCUGCACAGAGCCACGCGCUCCAUGGACUCUCCCACUGUGCCGGUCAAGCUGGUGAAGGUGAAGCCCAGAAGGAUGAAGCUGUGAUGGUGUUUGGCCACAGGAGAGACUUUCACAGGAUGCUAGAAUCAUAGGGCUGUCAGGGAGUCCAGGGGUCAUCUCGCUCAAGCCCCUGCAAUGCAGGAAUCGCAGCUAGAGAAUCCCUGACAGACGUUCCUCCAAGCUCUGUUUAGAAACCUCCAAUGGAUCCUAGAUUGGCAGAGUUGGAAGGGAUCCCCAGCGGUCAUCUAGCCCAACCCCAUGCAAUGGAGGAAUCAUGGCAAAUUAAAUGAGGCAGGUGAAGCAGCAGGGGUGUGCAGAGACUUUGGGUUGGGGGGCUGACAUUGCUUUAGGGGUGGAUUUACACACAGGGGGAAAUGCCAUAAGUCAGUCAGAAAUUAAAUUCUUACAAAAGAAAAGAAAAAAAGCUAUGUAAAUAUCACAUAGAAAUAGUUUGCUCUCUGGCGUCAUCUGGUGUUGCAUGUUUAUAACGCAUUCAAAAUGUUGUUUUUCCUAAUGUAGCUGAGUCCUUUGUAGCUGAGUCUCCCUCACCAGUGUAACAAUUUGCUUAAAUUGUAGGCUUAUCUUAGGUAUGACUAUUGAAAUAAAAAAUUAAGGUAUUAUAUUAUAUAUUUGCCAGGCAAACAUGUACAUAAAUGUAUGGGCCACAUGUCUGAGGCAGCGCAGGAGGGCAGUCCUGGAGCCAUUUUGGCUCCCAAACUGACCAGAUGUUUUCUCUGCAAGGUCAAAGGAAAAUGGAAAAGCCUCCCCAUAGUCUUUUCCUUCACAAAACCUGUCUUAAGGGUAUAUCUGUGUAUGAAUAGGGUGAGCCUGUGACCUGGCUCAGGAACUAAGUAUUUGUCACUACAAAAGACUGGCCAGGCUCCCCAGGGUAUCCAAUCAAGUAAGCAUUAAUAGGUAACCUGCCAGACAGGAGAUAAACAACGCACUCAGAUUUCUGCUGUAGACCACCCUUUCUGUGAUGUAGGUAUGAUGUAUCUGGGGUGGUGGUCUUGAGCUACUGUGAUGUAGGUAUGAUGUUUCUGGGGGUGGUCUUGGACUCCAAGGUGGACUCCAACCUGGGUUCUGGGUCCUCCACCUCCUCCUUUCCUGCGUGUAAGGGGAGCACCCUGUUGCAACAGUUCAAUAAAGAUCAGGCUUACGAGCUGCUUUCGUUCUCGAUAUUCUCUGCUUGGCCUCUGUUAUUUUCUCUGACCGAUGGAGAACCUGCAAAGGACUCUAAAAGGGCUCCUGUGUCCCCCAUAAGGGAAUAAGGACAGAUUUCCGUUUAUUACACAGGUCCUGCUGAGUGUGAUCCCAAGAGACUCUCUCACAGGCACAUUUGCACCCAGGGUCAUGCCCUGCUGCCAGCCUGUGCCAGGAGAUGAUUCUGUGGGGUGUGAAACACAGAGCAGUUAAACACAACAUUCCUAGAGCAGACAUGUUUAGACAUGAGG